CACACACACACACACACACACCAUUGAGGAGGCGUUGAACAUCACAACACACCGAUUUUUCUGCUCUGUUACGGAAAUGUGAAACGGAAUUUGUGUGUGUGUGUGUGUGUGUGUGUGUGUGUGUGUGUGUGUGUGUGUAUGCAUGUGUGUGUUUGUGCGUGUGUAAAAAAGUUAGGAAUCCGUUGUGGAAGUCACGAGCGCUGGAUUUCCUGCAGAGGAGGAGGGAAAAAAGAGGAAAAACGGAAAGGCGGAGAGGAAAAGAGGAGUUUAGUUAAAAAACAAAGAAGAUGUCUGAAGGAGAGAAAGAGAGAACUAGCAGAGAGCGGACAGACAGAACACACAUCGACACCGGAGAACACAGGUUAAACCUGGCUGCAGUGUAUGUAUCAGAUGCUCAGCACAACAGGAACAUCAUGUUUGACACAACACCACAGGCAGUGAGGCUGUACCUGUUGUAUAAUCACUGGCUGUUGCGUGUGUGUGUGUACGUCUUCAUCAUGGUGGAUUUGGCACUUGCACUGUUUGAGGAACCUGCUCUCAUCCCUCUGCCCCUGUGGGCCACCUCAGUAAUAGAGCUCCUCUGUCUGAUGGUGUUUUCUGCUCGAUUGAUUCAUUAUGCUAAAAUAAUUCCCCGUAGUGUUUUCAUCAGAGAUCCUAAAAACAUCUGCAUCAUUAUCACCAUCAUGUUGUGUGUGGUAGAUCUGAGUGUGUAUGGUGUUCUGAGAUUGUGUGGACGCUCUGCUGUGAGAUGGUCCAGAGUGUUGAGGCCUCUCCUGCUAAUUAACAUCACAGAGGGAAGACAGCUGCGCAGGGCAUUCAGGAGUAUCCGUAACGCACUCCCUCAAAUCCUGGUGGUGUUUUUCCUCUUCAUUUUUAGUGUCUUGAUGUUUUCACUCAUGGCUCUGAAACUGCUUGGCAAACGGAAUCUUAAAACUAUAGAUGGUUCUCCAUAUUUUACUAAUUACCUGGAGAUCUUUUUUGAUCUGUAUGUUUUAGUCACAACAGCCAACAGCCCUGACAUCAUGAUGCCGGCGUACAACUAUAGUUCAUUCUUCGCCAUCUUCUUUAUCCUCUACAUCAUCAUUAACACUUAUACAUUUAUGUCUGUGUUCCUGGCCGUUGUUUACAACAACUACAAAAAAUAUCUGAAGGAGGAGGUACGGCAGCUGGUGAGGGCCAAAAGGCAGAAGUUAUGUCUUGCUUUUUCUCUGUUGCAAGAAGUGGGCGGCGCUGAGAGGGAGCCAACUGUCAGUCAAACAUGCUGGAAACAGUUAGUUCGUCUUGUCCAGCCUGACAUCAGCAAUGCACAACGAGAGCUGCUGUGGAGAGUGUGUGACCCUCAGAACACUGGACGUGUUGAAAAGAUGGUGUUUGUUCAGUUAGCUGAUUUGUUGAAUAUUGAAGUGAUCAUGAUGAAGUGUCACACACACCCACUGAACCGCUGGAUACCUGCUUUUUAUCAGUCCACCUUCAGUAAACUGAUCCACAGCAUGGUUCAGCACAGGGUGUUUCUGUAUGUGUAUGAUGUGAUCAUCCUCAUUAACGCCGUGUUUAUUGGCCUGGAUGAGGAGAACCCGGCCGUGUCCAUGGCAGAGUGGGUGUUCCUCACACUCUAUAUCCUGGAGAUUUUACUCAAGCUCUACACGUUUGAACCACACACCUUCUUUGCCAAACACCAGUUCUGGAACUGGUUUGACACCAUCAUCAUUGUCUCUGCUCUGCUGGCGACCAUCAUCAACUCUGCUUUCAAAUCCUCUGGAGGUUAUACGAGCCGACAGAUUCUCGACAUCGUCUUCAUCCUCAGAGUGCUCAGACUCAUCCGCGUCGUUGACACCAUUCCCAGGUUCCGUGCGAUCAUUAACACUCUGAUUAAGAUCGGCGCUCCCAUGCUGACAUUUGGGCAGCUCAUUCUGCCUCACUCUCACUCUCACACCCUCCCCCCCUCUCACUCUCACUCCCUCCAUUCCUCACACUUCCUCCCUCCCUUCCUCACUCCUUCUCUCUCACUCACUCCCUUGCUCCCCUUGCUGCAGGUGGUGUAUUAUAUCUUUGCGAUGGUAGGGAUGGAGCUGUUUAAAGGGAGGGUUGAUUAUUUUGGUGGUGAUUCAGUCGACCCCUCACGUCAUUUCUGUGGUAAUGUCCUGCUGAAUGGUUCGGCUUUUGCCCGCAACAACUACUGCAAAAACAACUUCAACAACGUGGUGUCCUCCUUCAUCCUGCUGCUGGAGCUCACUGUCGUCAACCAGUGGCACGUCCUGGCUGGAGGCUUCACCGCUGUCACUCAUGUUUCAGCACGGAUAUUCUUCAUCCUCUUCCACAUUGUUGUAGUCAUCAUCAUCAUCAAUAUCUUUGUGGCAUUCAUCCUGGAGGCAUUCUUCAUCGAGUACAUGGUGGAGAAAAGCGAACUGCAGACAGCACUGGAGAAGAAGAUUGAGGAACUAAAUGUGUGUGUGGAACAGAACCAUGUAGAUAACAACCUGGUGGAUGCGAUGGAAACCCAGGACAAUGAUCUCGGCCCACAUGAAGGAGUCAAAGUCAAACCCACCAUCAUGUUCAAGAUCAGCUCAACAAGGUACAGGACCAUGGAUGGCCUCCUACAGCGCAUGUUUGAAACAGAGAUGGAUCUCAGCAAUGAUAACAUUGACGAGGUGGAAACAGAGAACAGGACCUUCUCUAAUCCAGUAUUCACUUCCUCAUAAGAGAUAGAAACUUCCUCAAUGAGCUUAAUUCAAAUGAUACCUGUAAAUGCAUAUUGCAUCAUCUACCUGUAGGUGCGGCAUUGGAUUAGACUGAGCAUGUACAGAGUCCCUGUGAAACAGUAUUUACUUUGGUAUAAGAAGGGAUUAAAUGAACAUUUUGUAUUCAUGUAUCAUUUAUAUUACAAUAAAAGAUGAAUAUGUUUAAUACA